UCAGUCCAACGUGUCUUGCAGGGGAUCCGGGGAAACACAGGAGACUAUGGCAACAUUGGUGAGACAGGCCUAAAGGGUGAAGAAGGAAUCAAAGGCGAGAAAGGAAUGAGAGGACUCUGGGGCCAAGUGGGAGACAGAGGUCCUAAGGGGCUGAAAGGAUUAAAAGGGGCAGCUGGCUUCAAGGGAGUUCGUGGACCACCUGGGGACAUUGGCGAGUCCGGGAAACAAGGAGAAGUUGGCGUUAAAGGUGAAAAAGGAUAUGAAGGGAUUCCUGGGUUUCAAGGAGUUAAGGGAGAAAGGGGGACUACUGGUGCAAUAGGGCGUUCUGGGCCUAGAGGAAAGCAGGGUAUUGUGGGAGAUCCUGGAGAGAGGGGAACUCCUGGAGAGAAGGGGACGCCUGGGAUCCGAGGACCCGUGGGCAGAGCCGGCACCAUCGGGCCAAAGGGCAUUAUUGGAGAUCCGGGCUUACCUGGCAGAGACGGAGAUCCAGGAAUAGAGGCUUAUCAAGGACCACAAGGUCUUGGUGGAAAAGUAGGACAAAUUGGAACAAAGGGGGAGAAAGGCACCCUGGGGCCAGAAGGAGAAAUGGGUCCCCAAGGCCGAACUGGCCCAAGAGGUUACAAGGGUUCUGCUGGGAAGCCAGGAAGACCCGGAUUUAUCGGCCCACCGGGACCUACUGGACACGUGGGUGUGCCUGGAAAACCAGGGAUCAAGGGUGACACAGGAAUCCAGGGAAUCCAAGGAGUUAAAGGUUCACAGGCAGAAAAUGGAGUUAAAGGCCCAAAAGGAAAGGUUGGAGGCAGGGGGGAGCAGGGUCCCCAGGGUGGACGGGGGAAGCGUGGCCCGGCAGGCCCACCUGGACGUUCAGGUCCUGUCGGAGUCAAGGGGGUUCGAGGUGAAGGAGGACCAGAUGGCUUUCAGGGGCCCCCAGGUCCACCAGGCCCGACCCUCCCCGCUCAGCACGUGAUCGAGGUUUGUAAGAAAGUGGUGCUGGAGCAGAUGUCCACCUUUGCCAACUCAGUGAAGAGGACGUGCGCUGCAGUUUGUCCUCUUUAUGGGGACGUGCCCAUGGGAGCCCCCGGUCCCCCCGGACAGACGGGACCCCCCGGACCUCCUGGUGACCCUGGUAAUGAUGGUGUUGAUGGAGAAGUGGGCCUACAGGGAUUCUACGGAGAAGCCGGAGAUCUGGGCCGAAAGGGAGAAACAGGUGACAGAGGAGAGCAAGGUGAUAAAGGAGCCAAGGGUUAUGGCCUACCUGGCUACACUGGAGAUCAAGGACCAAAGGGUCAGCGUGGACGUCCUGGCAGAGCCUUCAAUGGCCAGCCAGGGAAGCAGGGUGAGCGGGGACAUGUAGGCCAGCCUGGACUCAGGGGCCACCCAGGUCUCAGAGGACCCCCGGGUGUCUGUGUCACCUCUGGGUGUCCUCAGCUCAACGCCACCAGUGGGACACCUCAGCCGGCACCACGGAGGUCGAGGAACCGCCCGUAGAGGAAGAAAGCGUCUAUGUGGACAGUGAAUUGAAUAUUGGGCUUAAAGGAGGAAAACAUGAUCGAUUGUUUUUGUUAAUACGCGUGUGUUCAAAUAAAUUUCAUGUAAAUAUGCAACUGAAACCUGAACUGAACUUCUGGGAACAAAGAAACGACCUAUGUGAUUUGAAAGAGAGUGGUAACAAAAUAUAUUUGUA